AGGAUUGUUAGGUGCUGCUGCCGCCGUUGAACCAGUAAAGCAGAAGAACAAAGCCAACAUGACCUCUUCUUCCUCCUCCUCUCCCUCUUCCUCCUCCUGCUUCCUGCGUCUCCUCCUCCUCCUCCUGGUGGGGGCGACGCUGGGGGAGGCGCUGCCGGAGCUGCUGGGGGGUCUCUCACAGACAUAUGGACCCCCUCAGAACAACUUCGCCGCCGCCGCUCCAGCCCCCGCGCAGUCCUUCCGUCCCCUCCCCGCCCAAGCUCCUGCGCCUCUUCGUCCGCCCACCGCGACAGGACACAGCACAAACAACAACAACAACAACUUCUUCCCGCCACUCAACCAGGCGCCGAGGGUCCCCAAAGUCCCGUCAGGACUGUACGAGACGCCAUCCUUCGACCCCGCCCCCAGUAACCCCGUGGGAACAUGCCGCCCCCAGGUCUCCGUGUCUGUGCUGACCUCGACCCGCCUGGUGCCGACGACCGUAGUGCAGACUCGAACUCGUGCACUCCCGACGACGAUCUACUCGCAGGUGACGCAGACGCGGUACUUCCCGUCGACGGUGGUGCAGCAGCAGGUGGUGACGUCCGUGGUGCCUCCGGUGAUACAGACGCAGACGGAGGUGGUAAGCAACGUUCAGUACGUGACGCGCGCCAAGUACUUCACCAUCACCUCCUACGUCACGGACACACGCCUGCAGUACGUCACCACCACGCAGGUCCAGACGCAAUUCCAGACGCAAUUCCAGACCACCACGCAAUUCCAGACCCAAUUCCAGACCCAAUUCCAGACCGUCACCAGCACCCAGUUCCAGACGCAGUUCCAGACGCAAUUCCAGACCACCACGCAAUUCCAGACCCAAUUCCAGACCCAAUUCCAGACCCAAUUCCAGACAGUUACAUCCACUCAGUUCCAGACCCAAUUCCAAACCCAGUUCCAGACCCAGUUCCAGACGGUGACCAGCACGCAAUUCCAGACGCAGUUCCAGACCCAGUUCCAGACCCAGUUCCAGACCCAAUUCCAGACAGUGACCACCACGCAGUUCCAGACGAGAUUCCAGACCCAGUUCCAGACUCAGUUCCAGACCACAACUCAAUUCCAGACGCAGGUGCGCACGGAGACCCGCUUCAGCACCCAGGUACAAUACGUCACCCAGACCCAGACGCAACAGGUGCCGCAGUACAUCACGCAGACCCAGUUCGUGACCCAGACCCAGUUCGUAACCCAGGGGCAACAACAGACCGUCACCCAGACCAUCACCACCACCAGGAUCCAGCAGCAAGUGGUCACACGGACGCAGACGGUGCCGCAGUACAUCACGCAGACUCAGCAAGGACAGGCCCAGUUCGUGACCCAGACGGUGACUUCCACACGCGUCCAGCCGCAGUACGUGACGCAGACGGUGACGUCGACGCGCGUGCAGCAGCAGUUCGUGACUCAGACCCAGACGGUGCCGCAGUACGUAACGCAGACCCAAACGGUGCAAGGGAGCUGCGGCGGCGGCGGCGGUGGUGGUGGAUAUGGUGGCCGUACGACGACUAUGAUGCCUGGGUACUACUGAGUGUGUUCUUGGGCCGGUCAGUCAGUCAGUCGGUCGGUCGGUUAGCCUGUAAAUCUGUUUCCGUUCUCUUCGUUGAUGACUGACUACUACUGAGUGUGUUCUUGGUCCAGUCAGUCAGUCAGUCGGUCGGUUAGUCAGUAAGUUUGUUUGCGUCCCUUUUGUUCAUCUGUCCCGUGUCUCCCACCAAAGAGCUUUCAAUUCCCUGUCUCUCCGCUCACAAAGGAUGUAAAUAUGAAUCAGCUACGCACAUAUUCACUCACUUAAUCAGUUAACAGUGCUUUCACGCCACUCUCAGUAUAAAACGAUGUAAAUAUUCGAAUCAGUUAACCAGUCACACUCACUCACUCAGUAAAUCAGUUAAAAAAGCUUUCAUGCCACUGUCACUUUAAAGGAUGUAAAUAUUUGAAUCUGCCAGUCAGUCACUCGGUCAGUCACUCAGCCAAUCAGUUAACAAGAGCUUUCAAGUCUCUCAGUAAAGCAAGGAGGUAAAUAUUUAAAUCGGUCAGUCAGUCAGUCAGUCUUUCGCUUAUUCACUUAACCAAUCAGUCAAAAACACCUUUCUACUCUUAGUAAAACAAGGAGGUAAAUAAUUGAAUCGGCCAGUUAGUCAAUCAGCUCUUCAGUCCGUCACCCAGUCAAUUCGUCAGUCCGUUGGUCAGUCAGUCCGUCAGUCCGUCAACCAGUCAGUCCGUCAGUCCGUUAGUCACUCAAUCCGUCUUCAGUCCGUCAGCCAGUCAAUCCGUCAGUCCGUUAGUCAGUCAGUCAUUCCCGGGGUCAUCGGGUUCGCAUCGGCCUGUGAAUGUGACUAAUGAAAGAGGAGAGCUGCUGGAUGACUUGUGUUUUGCUCAGUCAUCCAUUCGGCAUCCUCCCUCGCCUCCCCUUCCAUCCAUACAUUCAUACGCCCUUCCUACAUUCUCCCUUCACCAGCUUUCCCCCUUUCCCUUUGAUCCUUUCACCCUUUUUCUUACUCAAUGCUUUCCUUUAUCUACCUUUUUCUUUGUCUUUUCUUUCUACCUUUUUUCUUUAUCUUCCUCUCUCUUUUAUUAUGUAUUUCACCCUUUCACCUUUCAUCUUCUUUUCGUCCUUACUCUCCUCGACUUUCCCAUCGGCAGGAGAAGGUUCUAUCGUGAAGGAGGGGCUGAGGGUGACGAGGAAGGCAGGACAGCUAGAAGCGAUGUUCUUGUUGUGACCGCUGAGUGCCCGCCGUUUUCCUACUCUCAUAUUGACACGAGAAAUAAACAAAAGCUAGGAAAAGAUAACCCCCCCUCCCCCCCGCCCCCCCCCCCGCAUCAUCCCUUUACAAUAUCCUAUCUUCUCUUUUCUCAUCUGUUUUUUUUAUUUUUUAUGCCGUUGAUUUUACGCCAGUUCCCUUCCAGUACACGUUAAUUAAGUUUAUGAAGAGAAUAAGAGUAUCUUUUUUUAAUCCAUCUCUUAUUGAAUCCCUUCCCUUCCCAGUUUCAUUCCUUAACCAAUUUUAUCGUUGUAUCAAUCUAACAGCCAAUAAAUGGCCUCCUUCGCUCCUGUUGCACGAUAAUGAGUAUAUGGAGGGGACAGGAUUUUUUUUUUUUUUUUACUCCAUCUCUCUUCUGUAAUCCCUCCUCUUUUUCCCUGUUUGUUUUAUUUAGCAAAUUUUCUAGAUUUAUUUUUCAGUCCAUCAGACCAUUUCUUCUUUCCCUCUCACGCGAUGAAUAAGUAUGAAGACAUAAUAAGUGGUUUUCUCAUUCCGCCUCUCCUCCUGACCUCUUCCUCUCCUUCACAGUUUAUAUUCCGUACCAUGGGCAGUAUUCUCGGACGCUUUCGGCUCUCACAAGUACUUCUAAGGGCCACAAAAGAGAUUAGUCAGGUUCUCACGAGUGUUUUUCACAUUCAUGGUGCAGAAGCCUUGUCAGACUAUCUCUAGGCUCAUAAAACUACCCCCGCUGGAAAUACUAACACAACCACUUCGAAAACUUUACUAAAUGUGAGUGUGUAAGCCCAGGGAUGUUUGAUAUUAUGGGCCUAUAUUUUUACAACAAAGGAGGCAGCUCAGGGGCACAAAAAAGGAAACAAUAAUAAAAAAAAGCCCGCUACUCGCUGCUCCUAAAUCCUCCCGUUACUCUGAAAGCGUCUAAUCCUUCUCCCCUCCUUGCUUUACACACACCACACAUGACCCUGACUGCAUGUGUGGUGGACUUGGGAGCCAAACAACGAGCUCGGCCUUAGAAAGAGAAGAUCAUGUCUAUCUAUCUCUAACGUGACUUAUUUUUGUAUCAGAGAAUCGUUUAUUAAGUUGUAGGCUAUUUCGUGUGUUGUGACUGCUUGUUAAUCUGUCAUGUGGCGUGCCUGAGAGUGAAUACUUCGCUCCUCGUGUGUUUGAGGCACUGGGAGGCUUGUUACCUGUCAGGACCACGUCACAGGUGUAUUCGUCCGUGCUCAGGUGAUGAUUGCUGUCCACCUGGCGCGUGGCGCCCGCAGA